UGUUCUCCAUUAGUCCUGUAACGAUGAAGCUCCCCUCCCCAGCCCUGGUGCUCCUCCUGUGCGGCCUGCCCCACGCCCUGGGGACGUCCUGCAAACUGCUCCGGCCCACCAACACGGACGGGACGGAGGUCGGCCUCAUCAUCGUGCCUGGAGCCUACAUCAAAGGCACGGCCUACCAGCCACUGGCGCAGACCAUCCAGGACCUCUCCCCACACAAGCUGUGGGUCGGUUUGACGGACGGGUACGUGACAGAUCUGCCCAACCCGCUGGAACUGUCGUCCGCCAUCCAGUCUUGUAAACAGGCCAUGGUGCAGGGUGGGAUGAAAACAGACGUCUUCUUCAUCGGCGCCCAUUCGCUUGGAGGUACCUUCCUGCAGAUGUACCUGUCUGACAACCCCCGCCAGGCGAAGGGGAUGCUGCUGUGGGGGUCCUACCUGACCAACUCCUACCCCAUGGCUACCUUCUCCGUACCCGUCCUCACUCUGAACGGGGAUCUAGACGGUCUGGUCAGACUGGGUUACUCCUGGAAAAAGUACAGGGAGUUCGUUGCAAUAGACGCGAACUUCUCCAGCCCCGCUGUGUACCAGAAACCGGUAGUUGUUGUGCCUGGACUUAACCACGGACACGUGAGUACGACCGAUAUAUUGCAUUAA